CUGUCUCCUCGCUCGUGGGGCAGCCAGCCGGGAGCAGCGGGCAGUCAGGCAGCCGGCCCCUCCGCCCCGGCCAGAGGGACGCAGUCAGUAAACACAAAAGUGAGAGCCACCCAAGGGGCAGCCAAAGCAGGAGGAGAGAAAGAAGGGGAAAAAAAAAAGAAAAAAGAGGGGAGAAAACCAGAAAAAAAGGAAAAAAAAAAGAAAAAAAAAAGGAAAAGAAAGAAAAGGAAAGCGCUCGCUAGCUCUCUAGAAUAACAAAAUACCUGAUCGUAACAAAAUAACAUCCUUCAGACAAAAUCAAGCAGGGACUUGACAUACCAAAAAGGCAAGGCGAGGAGAGCGAGCCAGGGCGCGGGGAAGGCGAGCCAAAGCCGCGAUCGCUGCCAGGGCAGGAGAGCAGCAUGUCAAGCGCCGGGGCACACACGGAUGAGCGCUGCCGGCAGCCUGCCUUCCUCCCCGGCCCGCCGCAAGAAGUUGAGAGUAGCAGCGGCAGCGCCAAGGUGCAGAGGAUGUGUGCGGCGAGGCGGAUGCUGCUGCUGCUGCUGGCUUUCCUGGCCUACGCGCUGGAUUCGGCCGCGGCGUACGGCACGGCGGAGACCCUCUGCGGCGGGGAGCUGGUGGACACGCUGCAGUUCGUCUGUGGGGACAGGGGCUUCUACUUCAGUAGACCGGUGGGACGAAAUAACCGUCGGAUCAACCGGGGGAUCGUGGAGGAGUGCUGCUUUCGGAGCUGUGACUUGGCUCUGCUGGAAACCUACUGCGCCAAGUCUGUCAAGUCCGAGCGUGACCUCUCCGCCACCUCCCUGGCAGGCCUGCCGGCACUCAGCAAGGAGAGCUUCCAGAAGCCCUCGCACGCCAAGUACUCCAAGUAUGAUGUGUGGCAGAAGAAGAGCUCCCAGCGGCUGCAGCGGGAGGUGCCCGGCAUCCUGCGGGCUCGCCAGUACCGGUGGCAGGCGGAGGGGCUGCAAGCGGCCGAGGAAGCCAAGGCACUGCACCGUCCCCUCAUCUCCCUGCCCAGCCAGAGGCCCCCGGCAGCGCGAGCCUCCCCCGAAAUGGCUGGCCCCCAGAAAUGAACCCUGACCGGCUGUCUCAAUUUUUGAUCUCCCGGGGGAGGGCGGGAGGACUGGCGAGACCCGGCCCUUGAGCCCCUCCGUCCCCAGGGCUGCCAAGCCAAGGAGCGGGGCGGCGGGGCACCCUCACGCCGCUCCGGCCCCAACCAAACAACUGACACAGCAAGGAGGGGAUGGCGGCGGCGGCGAGCAGCGCCACUCCCGCGGCAUUGUCCUUUCGGGGUGGGGGGGGAGGGUUGUUUCGUUUCCCAGGCCUGUUUCGUUCCCCCGCGCCCCCGGUAUUUCCAAGCCUCUACUUGCAAAGGGACAGUUUGGCACUUGAACUUUUUGCUGCCGGGCGCUGCGUGACAUCCCUGGUGCCAACGCUAGAAGACAAAAGAAAGAGCAAGAGGGAAAAAGGAUAUGAAGUUAAAAUUUUUCUUUAAUCUUUUUUUUCUCGAGAAGAAGAGUCCAUUCCGUGUCUUUCUUGACAAUAAAGUGAAAAAAAAAUAAAA